AUGUCGGACCCCCAGGCGAACGAGGCCGAGAAGAACAUCGAGAUAUGGAAGGUCAAGAAGCUGAUCAAGCGCCUCGAGGCCGCUCGUGGUAACGGCACUUCCAUGAUCUCGCUCAUCAUUCCUCCCAAGGAUCAGAUUUCCCGAGCCGCCAAGAUGUUGGCUGAAGAAUACGGAACCGCGUCAAACAUCAAGUCCAGAGUCAACAGACAGUCCGUGCUUUCAGCCAUUACCUCGACCCAGCAGCGUCUCAAGCUGUACAAUAAGGUCCCUCCCAACGGCUUGGUUGUCUACUGUGGUGAAAUCUUGACCCAGGAAGGCAAGGAGAGAAAGGUCAACAUCGACUUUGAGCCUUUCAAGCCCAUCAACACCUCCCUUUACCUCUGUGACAACAAGUUCCACACAGAGGCUUUGGCCGAGCUUCUCGAGUCGGAUCAGAAGUUUGGUUUCAUUAUUAUGGACGGUAACGGAGCCCUUUUCGGAACCCUUUCCGGAAACACCAGAGAAGUUGUUCACAAGUUCUCUGUCGAUCUUCCCAAGAAGCACGGUCGUGGUGGUCAAUCCGCUCUUCGUUUCGCCCGUCUUCGUGAGGAGAAGCGUCACAACUAUGUCCGCAAGGUUGCCGAGUUGGCCGUCCAGAACUUCAUUACCAAUGACAAGCCCAACGUCGCUGGUCUGAUUUUGGCUGGUUCUGCCGAUUUCAAGACUGAUCUCAACGCCUCCGACCUGUUCGAUAACCGUCUGGCCACCAAGGUCAUCAAGGUUGUUGACGUUUCCUAUGGUGGUGAGAACGGUUUCAACCAGGCUAUCGAGCUUUCUUCCGAGACCCUCGGCAACGUCAAGUUCAUCCAGGAGAAGAAGCUCAUCGGAAAGUACUUCGAGGAGAUCAGCCAGGACACCGGUCGUGUCUGCUACGGUAUUGAGGAUACCCUCAAGGCUCUGGAGUUGGGCGCUGUGGAGGUUCUGAUCGUCUUCGAGAACUUGGAGAUCACCCGCUGGAAGCUCAAGGACAGCCAGGGCACCGAGCACCUGCUGCACACUACAAAGCAGCAGGAAACCGGUGACCGUGCCAUUUUCAUGGACAAGGAGACUGGCCAGGAGAUGGAAGUCGUUACCCAAGAAUCCUUCCUUGAGUGGAUUGCAGAGCACUACAAGGACUUCGGUACCAACCUCGAGUUCGUCUCUGACCGUUCCACCGAGGGCAACCAGUUCGUCAAGGGCUUUGGUGGUAUCGGUGGCAUUCUCCGCUACAAGGUGAACUUCGAGCAGUUGGCUGAGGUUGAUGACGACGAUGACUACUACGACGCGUCGCAGCCCGCGCCCGCGCCCAAGCCGAACGUCGCCCAUCAGCUCCUUGCAGACAGGAGCCCGAUGAGCCCGGCUCACCUCACCCACCAAGUGGCGCGCCCGAGCCCGCUUCGACAGAGGACACUCAAGAGCGCCGCCAAUGCCAACUUCAACAUGAGGCCUCUGCUCCUCAACACCCUUCGUCGGGGAUUCGCAACUCAGAAUGCAUCCUCAUCGGUAGAGGCAGGAAUCGCCCACGUUCUGCACACCAGCAAGGAGAUCCCAGACCACCUCUCCCCGACGCCCUCCCAUCUCCUUAACCUCCUGUUCGCUGACAUCUUCACCUCGUCCGCCGACUAUCCACCAAAGUACCCACCAUCCUCCGGGCCUGCGAGUCCGUUGCCGCAAGGCCACCACCUGGCCUAUUUCCCCCUCCAAUCGCCGCCCUCAUGGCUGAUGCCGGACGGCACUGACCCAGACCAUUGCCCCGGGGCGCCCUUUACGCGCCGGCUCUGGGCGGGCGGCGAGGUCCGGUUCCGAGAGGGCUGGGAGGAUGUGCUUCGUCUGGAUGGGCGCCGGGUCGGCUGUGUCGAGAGCGUGGAGGAUGUGAGGGCCGAGAAGGGCCGGGUGUGGGUCGAGUUGUGGCGGCGGUAUGGGGCAUCUUCUGCUGCUGGUCGUGGCGAGAGCGGACCGGCGGUUGAGGAGAGGAGGACGUUGGCUUUCCUUCCUGAUGUUGAUGUUUCUGGUCCGGCGCGGCGGAGUUUGAAAGCGCCGCAUAAGCCGACAGCGUCUCUCACUCUGACGCCGACGCAGAACCUCCUCACCAAUUUCAGCGCGCUGACGUACAACGCGCACGCGAUCCAUCUGGACCCGGCGUGGGCUGCGCAAGAGGGCCAUCCCGCGACGCUGGUCCACGGGCCUCUGUCGCUGGCUCUGGUGCUCGCGUUCUUGAACAGGCAGGGCAAAGGGCAGAGCGUGCGCUGGUACGGGUACCGGAACCUGGCGCCGCUGUACUGCGGUCGGGAGAUGACGCUUUGCCUGCGAGAGAAGGAGGCGAGUGAAGGGGAGAGGAAGUGGGAUGUUUGGAUUGAGGGUGAUGAUGGAGGGAUGGCGGUCAAGGGGACUGCUACGACCGUCGAUGGCGUGUGA